AUGCGCUAUGCAUGUGUAAACUGGGUCGAUCACCUUUUAUGCAGCAAUAUCGAGAGCACGGAGACGGCCAUUCAAGCAGAGGACCUGGUGGAUUUAUUUCUUUGCGAGAGCUAUCUUCACUGGCUAGAGGCCAUGAGCAUUCUGAAGAUCGUCCCCACUGCCAUUGCUUCCAUGCAAAAGCUCGAAAAGUUGGUUCAGUCAACCAACAGGGGCCAUGGUGACAUUGUUCAUUCAACUACGUGGGCUCGCGAUGGAACUCAAGCCUUAUCAGAAUCAAAUGAUAAAACACUUCGGUUGUGGGAUUCAGCUACUAGUCAGUGCACAGUUUUCCAAGGCAGCAAGAUUAGCAAGUGUUUCGGGAAUCAGGAUGGAAAUAAACUUGCAUCAGCGUCAUUCGAUGAGGUAAUCUGGGUGUGGGAUCCGACUACUGGUCAUCAGCUCUCGAUUUGCGAAGGCCAUACUGAAACCGUUUUAGACGUGGCCUGGUCCCCCAACGGAAGUCAACUUGCAUCAGCAUCAAUUGAUUAUACCGUUCGAGUGUGGAAUCCGAUUAAUGGUCAUCAGCUCUCAAUUUGCGAAGACUAUACCAACCAGGUUCAUACGGUUUCCUGGUCUCACGAUGGAAGUCAACUCGUAUCAACAUCAGCCAGUAUGAUCGUUAUAUCGGAUCCAAGCACUGGCCAGUGCAUCUUAAAUUCUCGCAUUAGAAUCGAGGGCUUCCUUCGAUUCGAUAGCAUCGGCACAAACUGCCUCCACACUGGGCUUGGCAAAUUCGAUAUAAGGGCUUUGCAACGUGGUUCGGCAGACUCUAAUGACUCCAACUAUGUACCCAAGCCACAUGGAUAUGGCCUCAGCGAAGACCUUUCCUGGAUAACUUAUGACGGAACUAGGGUCAUCUGGCUGCCCCCUGACCACCGCCCGGACAACCUGAAAGCAUUGUGUCUGUCACCCAAUGUUGUAGCCAUCGGCUGUGUAUCCGGUGUUGUUGAGUUCUUUGAAUUCUCGGACCUGAAUCCUCUCACGGAUCUCUGA